UCAGGUAUUUUUAGUUCUCUGAACACUGGGGCUGCAAGGCAGAAUUCCUUUUGAAAUAAUCAUCUCUGAAUAGAAGAUGAAAAUGUGGCUCUUAAUCAGUCAUCUUGUUACAGUGUGUUUCGUCUUCUGCCUGGCAGAGGAUGGAAAAGGAUAUGGCCCAGUUUUUGAGGAGCAACCCAUUGAUACCAUCUACCCUGAGGAAUCUACAGAUGGACAAGUUUCAAUGAACUGCAGAGCUCGAGCAAUCCCUUUUCCAACUUACAAGUGGAAACUAAAUAACUGGGAUAUUGAUUUAACAAAGGAUCGCUACAGUAUCGUGGGAGGUAGACUUCUUAUCAAUAACCCAGAGAAAUCAAAGGAUGCUGGGAAAUAUGUUUGUAUAGCAUCAAAUAUCUUUGGAACUGUCCGAAGCACUGAAGCUACUCUAAGUUUUGGAUAUCUUGAUACGUUUCCACCCGAGGAACGCUAUGAGGUGAAAGUACGGGAGGGUGUUGGAGCAGUGCUUCUUUGCGACCCUCCUUACCAUUCCCCAGAUGAUCUCAGUUAUCGCUGGCUUCUAAAUGAGUUCCCAGUAUUCAUUACUUUGGACAAACGGCGAUUUGUGUCACAGACAAAUGGCAAUCUCUACAUUGCAAAUGUAGAAGCAUCAGAUAGAGGCAAUUAUUCAUGUUUUGUGUCCAGUCCUUCAAUCACAAAGAGUGUAUUCAGCAAAUUCAUUCCACUUAUUCCCCAGGCAGUAGACCGAUCUAAAGUAUAUCCAGCUGAUAUCAAGGUUAAGUUCAAGGAUACAUAUGCGCUCCUGGGGCAAAAUGUGACACUGGAAUGUUUUGCACUUGGGAACCCUGUUCCAGAGAUUAGAUGGAAUAAGUAUCUUGAACCCAUGCCAGCAACUGCUGAGAUAAGCAUGUCUGGUGCAGUUCUCAAGAUCUUAAAUAUUCAGUUUGAAGAUGAAGGAACUUAUGAAUGUGAAGCUGAAAACUAUAAAGGAAAAGAUAAACAUCAGGCAAGAGUUUAUGUUCAAGCAUAUCCAGAAUGGGUAGAACAUAUCAAUGACACAGAGAGAGACAUAGGCAGUGAUUUAUACUGGCCUUGUGUAGCCACAGGCAAGCCUACUCCAACAAUCAGGUGGUUGAAAAAUGGAGUAUCGUUCCGGAGAGGUGAAUUAAGAAUACAAAGCCUGACUGUCGAGGAUGCCGGCAUGUAUCAGUGUAUAGCAGAAAAUGUACAUGGAAUUAUAUACGCAAAUGCUGAGCUGAAGGUUGUGGCUUCACCUCCUAAUUUUGAACUGAACCCAAUGAAGAAGAAGAUCUUGGCUGCUAAAGGAGGCCGUGUAAUAAUUGAAUGCAAGCCUAAAGCUGCUCCUAAACCAAAAUUCUCAUGGAGCAAAGGAACAGAACUGCUCGUAAAUGGGAGCAGGAUAUCUAUUUGGGAUGAUGGUAGCCUGGAAAUUGUUAAUAUCACAAAGCUGGAUCAAGGCAGCUACACAUGUUUUGCAGAAAAUAACCGAGGAAAAGCUAACAGUACUGGUACUCUAGAAAUCACAGAAGCUACAAAGAUUACCUUAGCACCAACUAAUGUUGAUGUCACAGUUGGAGAGAAUGCCACCAUGCAGUGUAUUGCGUCCUAUGAUACCACGUUAGAUCUGACAUUUAUUUGGUCUCUAAAUGGCUACAUGAUAGAUUUUGAAAAAGAACAUGAUCAUUACGAAAGAAGUGUUAUGAUAAAGAACAAUGGUGAAAUGCGUAUUAAAAAUGUACAGCUGCAGCAUGCUGGAAGAUACACGUGCACAGCACAGACAAUUGUUGACAACUCCUCAGCUUCAGCUGACCUUAUUGUAAGAGGUCCUCCAGGUCCCCCUGGGGGGUUGAGAAUAGAAGAUAUUAAAGACACUUCUGUAACACUUACUUGGAGUCGUGGGACAGACAAUCAUAGCCCUAUUUCAAAGUACACUAUCCAGUCAAAGACUUUUCUUUCUGAGGAGUGGAAAGAUGCCAAAACAGAUCCCCCAAACGUUGAAGGAAAUAUGGAGACAGCAAAGGUGAUUGAUUUAAUCCCAUGGAUGGAGUAUGAAUUCCGGAUAACAGCAAUGAAUACUUUGGGGACAGGAGAACCUAGUAUGCCAUCACAAAGAAUUAGAACAGAAGGAGCUGCUCCUAAUGUGGCUCCUUCUGAUGUUGGAGGAGGGGGUGGAAGUAACCGAGAGCUGACAAUAACAUGGAUGCCUUUGUCAAGAGAGUACCACUUUGGCAAGAAUUUUGGUUACAUAGUAGCCUUUAAACCAUUUGGUGAAAAGGAAUGGAGAAGAGUUACAGUUACCAAUCCUGAUGUUGGCCGAUACGUGCACAAAGAUGACUCUCUGCCCCCCUCAACAAAGUUUCAAGUAAAAGUGAAAGCAUUUAACAACAAAGGGGAUGGACCGUUCAGCCUUGUUGCCAUCAUUUAUUCAGCACAAGAUGCUCCUACUGAACAGCCUAGAAAUGUGAAUGUAAAAGUCUUAUCAUCUUCUGAAAUCUCCGUUUCCUGGGAGCAUGUUUUUGAGCAAUCUGUUGAAGGAUAUCAGAUUCGUUACUGGACUGUUCAUGACAAAGAAGCCGCUGCGCAGCGGGUGCUAGUGAGCAGUCAGGACUACUCAACCAGACUGGAAAAUUUGAAACCUAGUACCCGGUACCAUGUAGAUGUUUCCGCCUACAAUAGUGCAGGAUAUGGACCACCCAGUGUUGCUGCUGAUAUCAUUACAAGAAAAGCACCUCCAAGCCAACGUCCCAGAAUUAUCAGUACAGUCAGGUCUGGUUCAAGGUACAUCAUCACCUGGGACCAUGUCACGCCAAAGUCAAAUGAAUCUGCUGUUCAAGGAUACAAAGUGCUGUAUAGACCAGAUGGCCAGCAUGAGGGCACAUUGUAUUCAACUGGCACACAUUCAAUAGAGUUGCCAGUCCCCAGAGAUGGUGAAUAUAUUGUUGAGGUUCGAGCACACAGUGAAGGAGGAGAUGGAGAAGUAGCUCAAAUAAAAAUUUCAGGUGCUGCUGGAGUAUCACCUGGUCUUCUUGGCUUAUUGCUGACUGCCAUUGGUGUCCUUGCCUACUUAGAAUUCUGAAUGUCUCCGGAUUUAUCUUGUCCUCAGCCCAGUUUAAAGGACACCCUUCAAACCUGUGAGGACUACUAUUCAUUUUGACUCCUGGCACCAUCUUAAGCCAAAUAAAUUACACUUUAAAAAAUUACUCUACUGAUUUACUAUGAACUUUGAGGACUGAGGCAUCCAGGAACUCCUCCAUCAAGCGAAUCAACUUUUGAAAGGAUAAGAAAUGAUUUUUAACUUGUUCCGAUAUGCCUUAUAAAACACUUAUGCUGAUUUGUGACAGUUGCAUGAUUUGGUCCAAUGGGCAAGUUACAGUGUUAAAAUCCAAUAACAUAGGCUGUACAGUGAAAGUAAAAUCACCAUACAUAGGUGCUUUAACUUGAAUAACAAAUUGUGAAAUAUAAUAGAGAUUGAAAUGUUGAUUGUGUGUGGUAAAUAUAAGAGUAAUUAUGUCUGUCUGUAUGCUAUAUGUUUUGUGUACUGCAUAUUUUUGAAUGGCCCUACUAUCAUUUAUGAGAUUUCAGGUUUUUAGGGAUACAGUCAAAGCAAAAACAUUGAAUUCAUUUUUAGAGCUUUUUUUCUUGAAGCAAUUGAGUAUACUUUGGAAGCAUUUGAAACUAGGUUUCAUUACAAGGAAUUUUUAUUUUUAGGUGCAUUUGGGGAGUUUAAUUUUGAAUAUUACCAACAAAAUUGAAUUAUAAGGAUUUUCCAGCCCUUUACUUCCUAUAACGCAAUAUUUAAAAAAAAAAAAAAAUCUCCU